GCAUGACUGAUAGCAAAACUGGCGUUUCCUUCAGCCAAGCUGGGCGCUAACCGAGUAGGCGAUUUUACUUCGUCACUUCACAAAAGACUCCCAAAUUCACUGCAGCAGGCUCUGCAAAAUAAAAAUGUUAAGUACAUCCUAGCUGGGGGAGACGGAAGCCUUCGCGUUUCAAUCAAAGGUUUGCAAUAAUAGGAUUCGUUUAAAAAAAAAAAAAAAGACAGAUGGGAUUAGGAAAUGUUGCGGUGGAGCCUGUCGUGAGAGGCACAGGCAAUCAGUCUUUUGUGGACCUGCACAAUGAUCCCAGAACCAGAGUGGCUUAGGAAACCCUGGGACUAGGGCUCCCGAGAGAGGCCACCGGCUGCCGGACACCCUGCAGGGCAGGAGGCUGACACCAUGCAUCAGAUCUACAGCUGCAGUGAUGAGAAUAUUGAAGUUUUCACCACCGUGAUUCCGUCCAAGGUGUCCAGUCCAUCCAGAAGAAGAGUCAAAAGCUCUCAGCAUCUCUUGACCAAAAACGUGGUGAUCGAGUCGGACCUGUACCCGCCAAGACCCCUGGAGCUGCUGCCUCAACGCUGUGAGCGCAGGGAUACAGGCGACCGCAGGUUUGGCCGACUGCAGACCGCCAGGCCACCAGGGACGCAUCCCACCAAAACCCCGGUCAGGCCUGCGGGCAUCCCUGAGCCCAAAGCUUCGAAUCUGUGUGGGAACCGAGCAUAUGGAAAAUCAUUGAUUUCUCCGGUGGCCCGGAUCUCAGUGAAGGCUCCAGCUGUGGUAGAGGUGACCGCCAAGGGCUCCGAAAAAGGAGCUGUUCUGGGAAGAGGAUCCAGACACCUCAAGAAGAUAACAGAAGAGUACCCAACCCUUCCCCAGGGAGCCGAAGCCUCCCUGCCACUAACAGGCAGUGCUUCCUGCGGUGUCCCUGGCAUCCUACGGAAAAUGUGGACCAGGCAGAAGAGGAAGUCUGAGUAUGUGGGGGCCACCAACAGCGCCUUUGAAGCCGACUAAAGGUGACUUACAUUGGCCAAGGGUCACAGAAGGAAAGAAGACUUGAGGAUUGGGACUGAGCCACCCUCCCCUCUGCUGGUUGCUAGUCCAAAAACAUCACCCUCCUCACGCUCUGGUAUGGGACACGAAAAGUAACGAAAGUAACGUCCUGGGAAGGCAGGAAAGCCGUUCCCCUAAAACUGCUAAAGUCAUUGGUCUAAAGUCUUGUUGCGAUGUUAUAAAGGCUGUACGCCUAUCUUUAGAGGAACCAUACCAAAAGCAAACCUUCUUGGCCCCUUUGAAAGCCCUUCAAGGAAAACAGAAGGCAGUUGCUCUGUCUCCUUUGCAAGUUAUUUCUGGUGUAAAUGUAAAAGCUUGGUUCUAAGCUACUCCUAACACAACAGUUCUUACUUUCCCCAUCUUGUGCUUCUUUUGCCUUGGUGAGAUACAAAGCACUUUGUCUUUGCUUUGUUCUAAUAGCUACUUAACAGCAUCAUCUCUGCUUUGCUAACCAUGGGCAUGGCGGCAUGCGUUAUCUCAUGUGUGGUUUUUCUAUAGAAAAGCACUUAGAACUUCCAUGUUAAUUUUAGGGUCUUGUAUUUUGUGAAGCGGCGCAAUUGACGAACUUUGUGCAAUGCUGUCAACCCCGGGAGUGUUUUCUCAUUUGUUGUCUUUACCUUCGUGAAACCGCUGUUAAGAAAACACGGUUGUUCCCAGCUUACAGAUGGGGAGACUGGGGUCUCUGGGUGUCAUGUGACUAGACAGCAGGGUGUGGGACUGUCACCAGGUCUUAGCUUCUCUCUAAUAACUGAUUUAAGGUAGUUUUUAAAUGGAGAGAAGACUCUGAUAAAGGUGGAACUAAAACGUGAUUUGAAUGACAUCAUUAUGCAUCAGUAUGAUGAGCAUGGUAGCAGAGGAGGGGAUCCCAGCUUCCCAAGAGGGUCAGGCAGGAGGAUCAAAUGUUUGAAACACACCUGGACAGCUUAGCAAGACUCUGUCUCAAAAACAACACACACACACACACACACACACACACACACACACACACAGAGAGAGAGAGAGAGAGAGAGAGAGAGAGAGAGAGAGAGAGAGAGAUUAUGCAUUAGAUGAAACCAAAAGAAAUUGCCAUUUCUUAGGUUGAAAACAACUGAAAAUCUAUUUCCUGGGGCUCAAACUAACAUUCACUAUCAUUUACAAUGGUCAUAUAAGAAACAAUGGUAACCAUAGCUAUCCCUUGUUAAAUGCCUACCCACCAUGUGCCAAACCUGUCACAUGAAGUACUCUAUUCUUUCUAACUGUUAGGUGAACUUACCCACUGUAGAAGAAGUUAUCAGUUCAAAAAGGUUAAACGAUUAGUUCAAAGUCACUUAACUUUAAUGCCCUUGUUUGUUAUACCUGCUCCUUCACACACACACAAAAAGGUUAAAUGAUUAGUUCAAAGUCACUUAACUUUAAUGCCCUUGUUUGUUAUACCUGCUCCUUCACACACACACACACAAAAAGGGAUCAGGAACAACUGAGCUCAGCAAAGAAUCUCCAUCUCAAGGGACAGGCAGAGGCUGCCUGGAGGCAGUGUGGAGACGGAAUCUGAGAUAUUCGAGUGCAGAAAAUGACGAGAGGUGUUUGUGGAGUGAUCAGGAACACAGACCUUCCGUAUUUCCUAUCUUUGGCUUGAAUUCUGCCCCAGAAGUUUUAUUUCCUAAUUAAGAGGUCUAAAUUAAUCCAAUUUUCUUAAAGAAGGCAGAAACACUGUGGUGAAACUGACCCUACGAUUGUGUUGAGAAUCACCGUGUCUUUGAGUUGGAAGAGUUAGGUCUCAUACUUCCUCCUUCCUGGUUUUCUGUGGCCUCUGCUCUCCUGUUUCUGACCCUCUAGGUGAACUGGACAAAGGCAGGGGUAAGUCAAAACCCAUACUUCCAGGCUCUCACCCUGCUGUCUCCUGCUCUUCACCUCUGCCUCUCAUCAGCUGACCCUCAGAUCCAAACACAGUCUGGCAAUUUGGACAGAAGCAAAUUGCUUCGUCACUAGGGGGCCAGUGUUAUACACCAUGGUAAGUUGGAAUCCAGAACAAAGUUAGGGAACAAGCAGGUCUUAGAGUCUCCAACAAUUAGAUUUAUUUAACUUAAAAUUAAUACCUUAACUGUGUGUGUGGCACCUGCAGGUUUAUAUAUAGACUAGGACUCAUUUAUUUAUCUUUAAUUUAAAUGUUUCAUGGUGAAGUGUUUACCUUGUGUAGAACAUUUCAAAUCAAAUGGCCAAUUCAAAUCAGAAUAAAGUAUGCCUUGUUUGUGACAUCAAUAAACCAUGUGAAGAAUGUG